CAUCACCGUACUAAUCCAGCAUCCCUCCCUCUGCUUUAGUAUUAGCCCAGACCAUCCUCUGCGUCUCGCCGCUUCUCCCCAUGCCCACUCCUCCACCGGUCCGGGCUUCCUCCUAGUACCUCUUCUAACUCUAGCGAAGAAAGUACUCGCAAAUCAACUCUUCCCCUGGGCGGGGGAAGCCGUCAUUUGAGGUCUUAAAUAUAGGAGGCGCGAGUAAGUAAACAAUUGUAGAAGCCGAGCGGGGCGUUUGCGGCAUCCGCAACCCACUCUAUGCUCUCCGAUCCGUGGCUCACCUGUCAGCGCGCCGUCUCCCUCCAGACCGACGCCGCAAGCACCGUGACGAAAGAAGCCGAAGCCACCGGCGCAUCAACCCCACCAAGAAGCGAGGCAGAGCCAUGGGCAAGAUCAAGAUGCCGGUGCCCUCGUUGUUCCGCCGCGGCCGCCGCUCCAAGUCUCCGUCGCCGCCGCCGAAGGCUGAGUCGGUGUCCGGGGGCGGGUCCCCUGAGCGGACGGCGGAGGAGGAGAUGGAGCGGGUGUUCCGCAAGUUCGACGCCAACGGCGACGGGCGGAUCUCGCGGUCGGAGCUCGCCGCACUGUUCGAGAGCCUGGGCCACGCCGCCACCGACGACGAGGUGGCGCGCAUGAUGGCCGAGGCGGACGCCGACGGCGACGGGUUCAUCAGCCUCGACGAGUUCGCGGCCCUCAACGCCACCGUCGCGGGCGACGCGGCCGCAGUCGAGGAGGACCUCCGCCACGCCUUCAGGGUGUUCGAUGCCGACGGCAACGGCAGCAUCUCCGCGGCCGAGCUCGCGCGCGUGCUCCGCGGCCUCGGCGAGUCGGCGUCCGUCGCUCAGUGCCGCCGCAUGAUCGAGGGCGUCGACCAGAACGGCGACGGGCUCAUCUCCUUCGAGGAGUUCAAGGUCAUGAUGGCGGGAGGCGGCGGCUUCGCCAAGAUCGCAUAGCCUCGCACCAUAGGUCCUUGCAUCCGUCGAAUUUGCUCGAGCUUUUCCUCUUUUCCCCCCUGAACCUUCUCUACCCAAGCGUGCCGUGUGCGAUGGAAAUUAACUGUAUAUACAACGAUUAAAUGAUUGCUAGCACUAGAUUCUUUCUACUAAUAAUUGCGAACAGCGAAUAUUGGUUGGAAAUUUGAGGCUGGAAAGCAGUGGUUCAGAGUAAUUCGUUUAUCUGUUCUGCUUCUGGCUCUAGAGAUGCCUAUGCUCCUUCAACUGGUGAAGAGCAUACGAUUCGAAUCUUUGGAUCUUGCAUUCUUGCUUCCAUUGUUCGAAAUCUGGAUGCCCAUAUAUCCACUUAAUCAAAUCCUAUACUUUCUUGGGCUUCAUUUUGUAGUGUUCUUGUUUGAUUUAGUUGGAUCCGAUGGAAAUAUGACAAGUUCUCUAGUUUGAAGCAA